CUACCUUCAGUACUGUAAGUGGCUACAUAUGGGAGGUUGCUACAAUACUUCUUAUUGGGCUACUCAUGGGGAGCUUAGAAAAAGCAGGAGCACAAUCCAUAGGUGUUUGUUAUGGAAUGCUGGGAAACAACUUACCUCCAGCGCGAGAAGUCGUCGAUCUUUACAAGUCCCAGAACAUUCAACGUAUGAGAAUCUACGGUCCAGAUCAAGCUGUACUGGAGGCCCUCCGUGGUUCCAACAUCGAACUCAUCGUAGGCGUCCCCAAUGAAGAACUCCGAGACAUGGCCACCAACCCUUCCUACGCUCAUACAUGGCUCGAUAGACAUAUCAGACCAUACUGGCCUGCUGUUAGAUUCAAGUACAUUGCUGUAGGCAAUGAGGUUAUCCCCGGUCCAAAUGCCCAGUACAUACUCAAUGCCUUACAAAACAUGUACAACGCGCUCGAUCGGGCCGGCUUCGAUCAGAUCAAGAUCUCCACAGCCAUCCAUAUGGGUGUCCUAGAAAAGCCAUCCUACCCUCCAUCACAAGGUUCAUUCUCAGCUGAGGCGGCCCAGCAUCUGAAUUCCAUCAUCCAUUUCAUAAAUAGUCGGCGCGCCCCACUCCUGGCUAAUGUGUAUACCUACUUCAGCUAUGUGGACAACCCGAGAGACAUUGCGCUACCGUAUGCGCUAUUCACGUCACCGUCGGUUGUUGUGUAUGAUGGAUCACUUCAGUAUCAGAACUUGUUUGAUGCAAUGGUGGAUACACUCCACUCGGCUGUGGAGAAGGUGGUUGGUUCGAACAUGGAGAUUGUGAUAUCGGAGAGUGGUUGGCCGUCAGCAGGCGGGUUUGCGGCCACGAUAGGGAACGCGCAGACGUAUAAUGCAAACCUGAUUCGACAUGUGGGCCGUGGGACGCCGAAAAGGCCUGGGAAGCCCAUUGAGACUUACAUAUUUGCCUUGUUCAAUGAGAAUGAGAAGCAGCCACCAGGCAUUGAAAGGAAUUUUGGGCUAUUUUACCCAAGCAAACAGGCAGUGUACAACAUCAACUUCACUCCUUGAAUGCAAGAUAGUGGACUUUCUAAGUAUUAUUUCUCAUGUAAUUUCUUUUUAAGAUGUUAUUUUUGUUGUGUAUUUGAUACAUAUGGUAUACAAGAAAUGUUGUU